AUGCCCAAGUAUAACAUCACCAAGAUGAAUUUUGAGGAGAUUACCCUGCCGGGCCAGGAUGUGGAGGCCAUGGCGGCUGAGAUCCGCCUGUCUGCAUUCAACAAAUACCCGGUCGAGGUUGACAUUCCAGAGCUCAGUUUCGAGGUUCUAAUCCCCGAUUGCAACUCGAGAGACCCGUACAUCAUCGUCGCUGACGCGACUACGAGCCAAGUUGCUGUUCGUCCCCGGACCGAGGUUGUCGCCGAGGUGCACGGCGUUAUCCGCGAAUUGUCUGAGUCCCUUGUCAAGGCGUGUCCCAACUCCGACUCCUCACCGUUGGAUCUCCUUCUGAAGCGAUACAUGAGUGGCGGCGAUGCGACUGUCUUCGUUCGCGGCAAACGCGGUACUCAAUCAGACACGCCCAACUGGGUCAGCGAAAUCCUUUCCAGCGUGACUGUUCCCGUGCCCUUCCCGGGGCGGACCUUUGACAAUCUGAUCGAAGACUUCUCCCUUACCGAUGUGCAUUUCACCCUGCCGGACCCGCUCGCCGAGCCGGACGACCCUGACGCAAACCCUAAAGUAUCCGGGUCGAUUGUCGUUACCGCGGGGCUACCCUCCGAGAUGAACUUCGACAUUAAUGUAACCAACGUCCGGGCCACAGCUGAUGUCUUCUACCGGGCCAAGAAGCUGGGCGAACUGAACUUGCGAAAAUGGCAGCACGCAAAUUCGACCCGAGAAGAAGCCACCGACGAUCAUCAUGCAACGCUCAAGAUCCAGUCUCAAAUCACCGAUGCUCCUCUCAAUGUGACGGACGGCGAUGUUUUGUCCGACGUCGUGCAAGCACUCCUCUUUGGCGAGAAGAAAGUUCUCCUCGGCGUCCGCGCCCAUGUCGAUGUCAUGGUGAAGACAGUCCUUGGUCAGCUCGUGCUGAAGGAUGUGCCUGCGGAGGGAGAGAUCCCGGUAAAACCGGUCGCACGGGGAGCUCUCGACGAACUGCAUCCCGGCAUCGAAGAUCUGCAGAUUCUCGACACGACCGAGAAGUCUAUCUCGCUCCAGGCCUCUGUGAACCUUUCCAACCCAACACCAUACUCUGCACAUAUUCCGUCUAUCAGCAUACAUAUUGUCAACAACGGGUCUAUCCUCGGCGAAGCCAUGGCACGAGGGUUGGACGUCUCUGUUGGCAAUAAUUCCAACUUGGUUGUGCAGGCUAGGUGGGACCCAACGAUGAGUGGCGGAGAAGGGGCUCGCGCUGGCCGCACUCUUCUGUCGGAAUACCUCUCUGGCUCCAACGCCAGCAUUACUCUCAAAAUGCAUAAGCACAGCAUCCCAGGGCAACCGCUCCUUUGCGAGGCUCUGUCGAGAUUCAAUAUCACCGUGAACAUUCCCCGGUUGGAACUUCCUGGUGGCGCCGAAGAUGACAGACCCCGCUUCAUCCGGGACGCAAUCUUCCAUCUCGUGUCGUCGACAGCAACAUUUACACUUGCCUCUCCCCUGCAACAGAAUACACUCUAUAUCGAUAGCGUCAACGCGACCGCAUUCUACAACCACACAGAGCCGGUUGCAACGAUCAACCACGACUUGCCAGUGGCUGUCGUCCCGGGAUUGUCACAAACUCCGAAGUUGCCUGUUGACUGGUCACUGGACUCGGUCGGCCGCGAGAAGCUUAGAGAGGCUUUGGGUGGAACUCUCAAGCUCGACGCGAAAGCUGACAUCGCUGUUAGACUUGGUCACUGGCAAGAGGUUGUUUGGUACGAAGGUCAGGGUAUCAAUGCGAGAGUGCGCCUCUGA